UGGUGGAGGCGGCGGGACUCUGGGUGGCCCUUCUCGGGCCGGGCUCCCCUCACGUCCUGUUGUCUGUUGCUGUCCUUCUUUCUCCCACGAUCUCCUUCCCUCUGUGAGGAUGUCUUUUUCUCCAGGCCUUUCCUGACCGUCCUCCUCACAGGCAGGAGUGGUCACCUGUCCCAUUGGCCCUGGGGUCCCUCUGUCCCUCACUUGACGAGGAGGAGCCAUCCAGCCUCAGAGUGACCCUCGCUGGAUGCGGGGAGCUCAUCUCCUUGGAUGCAACCCCCUUUGAGGCCCAAGCACACCUGGAAACGUGCCUGGGAUUUGGAGCAGGUGGGCUUUUCUUCCCCGUGGGCCCUGCUUCUCUGUGGGGUCCACCACUGAGGCCCCGCAGGGCCUCCUGCUUUGGCUGGACAGUGCGUUUCCCGUUCUUCCCUGGCUCCUGCAGGGCCCCGCGGGUUCUGCUUCUAGGUGGGAGUGCCGUGGGGGGUCCAGCCCCGCAGCUCGGCGAGGUGGCGCACCCGAGACCCUGGGGCCCAGGUCCUGGCUCCGGUAAAAGCACAGGCCGGGGGUCUUGGCUGUCUCGCUGGCUGGAUGUCGGGCCUUCUCGUACUGUUUACCACAGAAGGAUGUGGCUUCUCAGCCCAGGACUUGGCUUUCCGGUUUCCGGUGACGGCGACUCCUGGCCUCUCCAUUUGUGGAAAGCCGUUGAAGUUCUACAUUUGUAACGUCAAACUGCUGUCUCCUGAUGGGACCAUUUUCAAGAACUGACAUCAGUUUUCAUACAGCUUAAAAGAGUGCAAAUUCACCUGCACCAGCGGUAGAUGCUUGUAUCUUGGGUCACUGGUCUGUAACCAGCAGAACGACUGUGGGGACAACAGCGACGAGGAAAACUGUCUCCUGGUGACCGAGCACCCACCUCCGGGCAUCUUCAGCUCGGCCUCGGUGGUCAUCAGUGUUGUCCUUCACCCAGCGCGCUGCCUGGACCCGGGAGAAGGGGCCGCAGUGAGCCACGCCCACGGAGCAUGCCUGUGGGUCGGGGUCCUGGCUAUGGCUCUUCCGGCAGCUCGGUGCCCUCGCCUGUACAGGGCUGCAGGAAUCCUGCUGGCACCGCAGUCAGUGAGGCUGAGUCGGAGUCUUAGAAGGAGGAGACCCACAUGAGGGCAGUGUCUGCCCCGGGUCUUCUCUGGGCUGAGCGGCAGCAGCACCUCUGUGACGGGCCCCGGGGAGACUUGGGCCCUGUGCGAGGUCACACGGGCCUGAGGCUCUGUGUGAGAAGUGGGGGAGCACCCUGGCCUCUGCCCAGAGGCGGCCUCUCCUCUCCUCGCCCGCCUCUGCCGCCCUCCUGCGCCCUGAGCCUGUCCCUUCCUCCCUGCCUCCCUUUCUCAUCAGUAUUUCUUGGGUUUUAAAGCUGAUCUCUCGACGUAUAGAAUAAAGUUACAAAUAUUAUCCUUUUUGAAAUCAUUGUGUCUCUAUGUAUUGAUGUUUUAAUUUCCUCUGAACCUGUUCAGAGUAAGUUUCGGGUCCUGUGUCUCUUUGCCUGAAAUUACUUGCAUGUGCAUUUCCUCAGAAAGAUACUCUCUUCCACAACAAGCCUUGUCAUCAGACCCAGAAGACGUCGUGUUGCCACAGUACCGCUCUCUGCUGCACAGCGCGCGUCAGACUCCUGCGGCUGCCCCGGUCUGGUCUGGUCUCGUCUUCCGUAGUAACUGUUCCUGUUUCUUGGCAGGGGCCCCGUGGACAGUAGCAGGGAGGUGGCGCUGGGAGAAGCCCCGCCAUCAUCACUGUCCGGGGCGGGCGGCAGCGCGGCUCCUUUCUCUGGGACUAGUGGUGCGGAGGGCCCUUCUGAGGCUGGAGACAGAGCCCAGAGAGCUGGAGCUGGCCCAGGUGGUUGUCAUCGUGGUGGUGGUCAUGGUCAUGGUCGUUGUCAUCAUCUGCCUGCUUAGCCACUACCGAGUCUCCACUCGGUCCUUCAUCCACCGCCCGAGCCGGGGCCGGAGGCCUGGGGAUGGGCUGCAGCCGGUCAUAUGCACCUCGCGGUCCCCGGAUGCGCUGGCUGCCCCGUCCUUUCUCCAGAGGGGUCGGUUCAGCCGCUUCCAGCCCACCUACCCCUACGUGCAGCACGAGAUUGACCUGCCCCCCACCAUCUCCUUGUCGGAUGGGGAGGAGCCACCUCCCUACCAGGGGCCCUGCACCUUGCAGCUGCGGGAUGCUGAGCAGCAGCUGGAACUCAACCGGGAGUCUGUGCGGGCCCCGCCCAACCGGACCAUAUUUGACAGUGACCUGAUGGACGCCUCCGUGUAUGGGGGGGGCCCCUGCCCGCCCAGCAGCCACUCGGGCAUCAGCGCCAGCACCUGCAGCAGCAACGGGAGGAUGGAGGGGCCGCCCCCGGCCUACAGCGAGGUGACGGGCCCCGACCCUGGCGCCUCUCUCGCCCUCCCCCCACACGGCAGCGCACACAGCGGGGGCAUGGACAGGAAGCCUGGGAACCUUGUCUGACCCGACAGCCUUGUGAGGAUGAGGCAGAAGGCGCUGCCCCGCCCGGCACGACGGGGUCAGUUGCACAUGCGGUCCUGCAGCGUGCACAGCGGUCUUUCAGGGGAGCUGCUCACGUGGAACAGAGAAAGGGGUGCUGUGACGACACCAUGAAGUAAAGCCCACAGAGGCACCUGAUUAACUGAGAGCAGACGUGACAGGAAGGCGUCAGAAUGGCCUGUUGUACCAUGAACCAGAUGCGGAGGAAGCGUUAUUACAGUCUGUGGGGAAGAAUUGCUAGUUUGCUUUCCCCCAAACUGUGGAACUUCGGCUUUAAAAAUGAUUCUAAAUUCCUGUUUUGUGUGCCAAGGUAGAGAGUGGAGAGGUCAAACGAAUGCAGGGAGUCAGUUUGUGUUGUGAUGCUGUGUUUUUGAAAGCUGCACUAUGUUUAAGAUUAUGAGGAAGUUUACCUGAAGUUCUGUGUGCUGUCUUUUCACCUGUGGAUUAUUUCAGGCCCUCGACCCCACAGCCAUGCACGAAAGGAUGUUCGAGGCAGGAGUGUAACAUACGCCACCGACGCUGAUCAGGAAGUCACGGCACAGCAGUGACGCGUCACGAAGCACCUGGAGACGCCGGGACAGGAGGUGCUGCGUCCUCGCGGGCUCUCAGGCUGCGUGUUUCACUGUUAGGCCCGACGCCUGGUGCCGCCCCCAUCCUCCAGUGGCGCGGUUUCCUCAGUGAUGUAGAUUUAUUUCACUGUAGCAUGGAAUAUACUCAAGAUGCACAUCUUAUUUUAUGCAAUAAAUUGUUUAAAAUGCAA